AAUACGUGUGUAACUAGGUGAAAACAUAAACGCAAUAUAUAUUUAUAAAAUGGAGACAAUAAAAAUAAUUGAUAAGACUCCAUAAAUGUGUUUUAAUUAUGCAAACAAGUGAUGAAUGCGGAAUUUUACUUAUUAAUAAUCGGUUACUUAUUCUCAUACGGUAAUGCUGCAUGUACGUUUUCGUCUUCCCUGGAAGGAACUUGGAUAAGCAGUAACUAUGGCAACAUUAUUAUCAAUUCAACUUAUUUGACAUUAGAUACAUUGUCUGCUUCCGUAGCUGGAUCAACAUCCAACGUUGCUUUUACUUGUGAUAGAAACCCAUCAAGUCUGAAAUAUGUUGUCAAGUCAAGUACUUUCACUAUCCUCAGUGGUCAUCCUGGGAAUGCCUAUAUUUGUUAUCAGUUUACUUACGUGAAUUCUAACAACUACUACUUCUAUAUGCAAUCAGAUGAAAAUCAUGUUUUCGGAAAUGAACGCAUUAGUUUUUGGGAGACAACUUCAUCUCCUUCAGACAGUGAGUUAUGCAGUUCACUACCAUCUUCAGCAGAAUUUAACAGUAUGGUCAAAAGUGGAGAAGCAUCAUCAGCAACGACUAACUGCAUGACGCAUAUAUUGGGCGAUUUUACUUACUACUACGGGACACCAACCAGUAGCAUGGCAGAUUGUCAGAAUGAUAAUUUAACCGUUUGUGGCGGUGAUAAUAGGCAGUCUAUUCAGUUCAACAAGGCAACAUGUGCAGGUUCUGGAAUGUACACCAGCGAUGGAAAGCUUGGUUGCUUGUCUGUCAUUUAUGAUUCAAGUACUGGAGGUGGUACAUACUAUUCAGGCCUAUACAAUAUGGACAGUACAACGCCAAAUGAUCUAACAACAUUUCAAUUCGUUUGUAUAGCUGCGACUUCAAACGGAACUCAUAUAUUUGUAAGCACAAGUCAGAAGCGAUGCACUGCAAAUCAACUUUCAACAACUAUUACUGCCGGUCAACUUUACAUUCUGAAAGCUAGCGGUAAAUAUGAUUAUUACGCAUGA